UGGAAAAAUGGCGGAUGGAACUUGGAAUGUUUUGUAAAGAGAGACUAGUAGAAGUCGAAGAUCUUCCUGGUCGGGUGUACCAAUUUGUGACGCUCAAACUUUCUUAGGCCCAGUACAAUGAAGGCUUCCAGUACAGCUGAAAGAACUGGUUUAUUCGAUGCUAAUUUUGUUUCACACUUGAGUUCUAGUCAGCAAAUAGGUAAACUGGAAGCAAAGAGGCUAGAAACUAAAUGGAAGAAAAUCUGUGAUCAUGAAAAAAGGAGCAAGGAAAGAAAUAAAGAACUGCUCAAAGAUUUUGAAAGGGUGGAACAACAUGCCGCCUUGUUGGCUGUGAAAACGGAAAGGCUUAAAGCUUACAAGCAACAGUAUGAAAAUUACAUCAACAAGAUGUACCCAAGAUGGAAAGAGGAGCUGGAGAAUCAUAGAUUAAGUGAACUGCAGAACAGAAAUGCCUCCACUGGAAGUGUACAUGCAUCUGGUGCUCCACUCUUAACCUCAUCAUCAACCUUGAGAGCUACUCAUCUAGAACCACACUUUUCUGGAAACACCUUAUCAAGCACACCAGCUCACCCUUCCAGCUCAACAAUGUACAACAGACCUCCUCCACAAACAGGCUACCCAGUCAAUCAACAUCACAGUUAUCGGCAGGAUCCUUACAGUGAGUUCUCUUACCAUGAUUCAUCUCGCAAUCGUGGCAGUAAUCUGCCGCCAUCUGGAUAUUUGGUAUCUGACAGAAGGUGGCAAACCCCAGAAUAUUAUGACUCACAUAGACAUUUUGACAGUAGAGUACAUCAAGGUCAGUUUGCGGCAAAUAGCAGGGAGCCAGAAAAUGUCUAUUACAGGGCCCCAGAUCAUUAUUCUACGUCACCAGGUGGCCCGUUCUAUGAUAGACAACCACCUCAUGGAGAAGUCCCAAGGAAUGUUCCACCAGAUCCUAGAUAUGUGCACCCUGAUAUUGCUCAUGGACAGUCACAAGGAACAAGACCUGCAGCACCUUAUGAGCCCAGGACAGAGUUACAAAGGACAUUCAUAACUCACAGAAACCAACCAGGACCUUAUGAUCAGAAUGGGCAGUAUGCACAUUACCAUGAUGGAAGACAGAACGGCUACAGGGGUUAUGGGAAUCAGAGGCCAGAUGGGUUUGAACCUCAUAGAAUGGAGAGAGGCAUUGUGAGUGGAAGGGAUGCGGCUCAAGUUGACAAGCCUUUUUUGAGUGGUUUUCCAGCAAAAGUUGUCAUGAAUGGUCAGGACUCAAAGCAACUGCCUCCAGAAGCCUACCACGCAAACCAACCAUUUGUCCCCCCUGAAAAACCUUUGGAGAGAAGCAUUCCUGUGUCAGGUUUCCCAGAUCCUUCACCCUCGUCAACAGUUAUUGAGACCACGAUGGAUAUUAGCAAUGCUCACCAUGAUCAUGGAAUGAAGGAAGAUAAAUCUCUUACGACGCCAACGACGUCCGAAGCCACUCCAAACGUGGCGGUAGUGAAACCAGCAAAGGAAAAAGUAGUGAAACAGCAAAGUUUGCCAAGUGAGGAAAUAACUGAGUUGUCAGAAAAAGCCCGAAAGCUUGGCUUAGAGCCUGUAAAGUCAGUAGGGAUUCCACAAGACGGAAACCAGCAGAAUACAGAAAUUGAUUCAGUGGAUGGAAAAGAUGAGGAACCGAAGGAUAAAGUGUCACUGACGCUUCAACAGGCAAAUAAAUUGGGAGAGCAGAGUGAUGAAGAUGAUGAGGAAAGCUUGGAUUUAAGUGACCUUAGUCUUCCAGAUGGGAACAAAGAAGGGCUGUCUUUUAUUCCUUCACAGGAAGAACCUGUUAGGCAUGAGGACAAACAGGAAAAAGUGAAUGCAUCUCGUGGGAAUUCAGAACUCUCCGGUGGUACCAGUAAUCCUGUUGUUGUACCUGACGCUACAAAGAGUGUCACUGAAGACAUUAGUGAGGAUAUCCCAGAAUCUGUGGCUUUGGAUGGUGAUGAGGAUUUAAAUGAUGUUCCUGUCCACGAUGAAAGCGAAGAGACACUCACAAGCGGUGGUGAAAAAGGCGCAGAACAACGCAAGGAGUUUGAAGUUAGCAAAGAUGUAAAUGAUGAAAGGGGAAAGGAUACAAACGAGGUGCUAGCCAAAGAUGAAAUGGAGACAUCUUUACCGAAGACAGAAGAAAAGAGAUCACCAUCAGUGAGUGUGGAUGGUUUCUUGUGUCUUCUGCAAGCCGUUGAUGCUGAUGUGGAGGUGUCGUUCAGCCCGGAGACACUGUAUCAUUCCCCUCGCUGCAGUUCAGAUAUGCGUGAGGAGAUAAUUAGAGCCGCUGAGGUUGGUGAUAGUCUCCAGUCCUUUAACCUAAACACGGUCAGUAUGAUUGUUUUGGAGGAGUUGCCACUUUUGGUGCUCAGUACUCCCGCUGGUUGCCUCAUUCCUGACCAUGUGUUUUCAGAAGGAGCUUCCUGCGAAACAGAGAAAGAGCUAAGAUCCUUCGUGGAAUCUUCGCUGAUUAAACUGUGGAAGGCACUCUUUUCUCAUCUUGUAAAUGUUGUCAAAAACAACGUGAUGAGUGCCGAGCAAGUUGGGAACAUGUUUGGGUCUCUCCUGAUCGCUAAAUCUUCAAAGCAUUGGAAAGAGAGUCAAUUGCUACUGUGCAGAAUCCUUGAAGCUGCAAUCUCAGAUGUCAGCAGUCACUCCGCUUCUCCUCCUCCAUCCCCUAAAGAUCACGAUUUGGAUCUUGAGACUCGGUUUGAAACUGAGGCUGCAAACGAUCAAGAACAUGAUAAAGUGUCAAUUGGUAGUGGUGGUUCUAGUAGUACACUGGGUUCAACUCCGCCUAAAGUUGAGUUAAAUAAAUCCAACGAAGAAAACCGCAAAGCGACACCUGAUCCUACGGUUUCAUACGAGGAUGAUUUUGAGGACGAAGUGCCGCUGACUGAAACUGCUGCGUACCAGAAAAUGAUGAGCAGCGCCCACUCAGAGCCGGACGACGACAUCAGUGAUCUCCUGGGAACGUCUGGACCGCAGAAACAGGACAGCGAGGAUGACGACGACGUUGAGAGGGAACUGGCACGAACCAUCUCCCCACCCGUGACGUCCCCCCGUCAGAGAUCACCAAACAAUUUGAAAAGCGUCAAACAGAAACCGAAGCUCUCUCUGUUUGAAACUGGGACAGAGGGGAAAAACGCUGAAAAAGACUUGGGCGAUAGCUGGGGAGGUUCGUCGCUGAAAUCAGUCAAAUCUGACAUUUCAGAUUCCGAAUCAGUGGUGUCGCCUCCGUUAUCACCGGAUUUUGGUGUUGGAUAUACACCAACUGCUCUCGAAAACAGUGAACAGAGGAACAAACUAGACAAGGAGAACGACAAAAGCGAGCCCAAAUCCGCCAGUGACUCCAAAGCUAAGCGUAAAACAGAUUUUUGGAAUACUUCAGACACUGAAUCCGAAGUGGAUUUACAGCUGAGCACUGGAGGCAUGGACCAAGAUGAUGAUGACUUUGAUUUUUACGGUUAAAUCAGAGGUUUAACCAAUAAGGAACACCAGUCAAGCGAUUUCCUGUCGUUCAAACGUACGCGACGAGAACUCUAUUGUGAUACCACCUUCGUUUAUACAGCGGGUGAAACCUCGCGUUUUUGUGCUUAAUAUUUCGACCAUCUCGAGACAAGAUACUUCAUACAUUGUUAAGUAUAUAUUCGCGCACGCUUUUCAGAAUUUCGAGUUGGUGUACUGGAGGUCGCAAAGUCGUUCUCCCACGCUAUACCUGUGCAUCAUUCUCAGUCCACGCCACGACUUUCUGAAAGCACAGCUGACAUCUCCUAAUUGAGGAAACAGUUAAAGUCCUCUGAAUAUGAGUUUAGGGUCAAGGACAUGGUUAUAAUUAACACAAUUUGUCGACUUUCUCAGUGAAACGGUGUAAAUGUUUCUUCCGCUGCUCAAAACAUUUACGAGGCUAGAUGCUUCGUGGGUAGCCAAUUCUGUUCGUAGAAGUGUGUGUUCAAUCAACAAAAUAAAAUGUUAAACGUACGAUGAAUGCCGCGAGUGUUACAUGUACGACCUAGCACACAGGGCGGGUCAAAAUUACUGCGCGUGCCGUGAAGUUCUCAUCACACUUGCCUCUGCCGAAUACUAUUUACAAACACUGCCUAAAAUUUCAAUAUCCUCUACACUCAAGCCGUCUGGCAGCUGUGCGUAACAGAAGUGUAGCCGGAACCAGCCAGCCUUAGGGCGAAAGUGCGCUCAUUAUCCAACUCAACUGGAACAAAUACAAUAGGACAGUUCCGAUAUAUUAAAAUUCUAACUUGGCUCCGAGGCUUAGGGGAAUAGAACAAAAGAAAUCGCAUCGAGGAUAAGG